GGAGAGUGGCACCUGAUGUUUGGCAGGUUAUAUAUAUACAAACCAACAAUGUUACUUAGACGGCAUGCACUUAUGAGUCAUUACCACUACAAACCCCUCUCACGCGGGUACUAAUUUCGCACUCUAAUGCUUUCCAAGUCGGAUACAGAUACGAUUGCCGAAAAUUCAUCGCCUGCCUUUCUUCUCAUCUCGCUACCACUGAAGCUGUCAGUGGUUAAGUGGUGGGGGUGGGGAAAGGUGAGGGGACGGAAGCGUUUCUCUUAUCGCAGGUUAGUAAGUCGUUACUACUCGUUAUCGGGGAUCAUCAACCAGCCGUGAGGGGAAAGCAACACAAACAGGAAAGUCGAGCCGGAAUGCAUCCCCUGAUUGAUCCCUUGCGCUCGGACGAUGACCGCGAUGUAACCGAGGAAUACAACUCAGAGGUUGGCAUUGAUUGUCAGAUAGAUAGGAUAGAGUUACCCGUUUUCUUUCCUCAGAACAGAACAGAAUUCCCAAUCUGUAGAGUGAAAUCAAUCAGUGACCUACUACUUUCAUCAUGUCCCUUUACAAUCCUCAACCCCCAUACCCCCUUCACCCCUCGGUGCAAGACAAGCUCGACCCUGAAUAUGUCGCCUUCUACAACCAGUAUGUGGUGAACCAGCAGCAGGUUCAUCUGCAGCCUGUCGCGGCCUCGCGAUCGAGCGGGGUCUUGAUCCCAGGCGGGGGUCCCGUUCUGCCUGUUGGGAAAACCAUCGAUCUUCGUCUUCCACGACGCGUCACAGACGGUCCAGAGGUCCCUGUGCGAGUGUUUGUGCCAGAAGGCACUACGCCGGCAUCCGGAUGGCCGGUCAUGCUCUAUUUCCAUGGCGGUGGAUGGGUGCUGGGAAACAUUGACACGGAGAAUCCAGUUUGCUCGAAUCUCUGUGUGAGGGGCCGCUGUGUCGUGGUGACGGUGGAUUAUCGUCUCGCACCUGAACAUCCCUGGCCCGCUGCCGUGCACGACUGCUGGGAGGCUCUCCUCUGGUUGACUUCCGAAGGACCUUCUCAACUUCCCAUCGAUAUCAGCAAGAUUGCGACCGGUGGAUCUUCAGCGGGCGGAAACCUGGCUUGCAUUAUCACUCAGAAAGCCCUGACACUAUCGCCUCCUGUUCACUUUAAGGCCCAGCUGCUCUCCGUGCCGGUGACAGAUAAUACGGCCAGCGUGGAAACAAACCAUGCCUAUAGGGAAUACGAGCAUACACCGGCUCUCCCGGCAGCAAAGAUGCUCUGGUAUCGGAACCACUAUCUGCCGAAUCAGGCGGACUGGGACAACCCUGAGGCGAGCCCGUUGUUCUGGACGGGAGAUUGGUCUGCCCUGCCCCGGGCUUUAGUCAUGGUGGGUGAGCUGGAUGUGCUCCGAACGGAAGGGGAACAGUAUUCUGAGAAGUUGAAGAAGGCUGGCGUUCAGGUAGAUUUGCAGGUCAUGAAGGGCAUGCCUCAUCCGUUCCUGGCUAUGGACGCUGUGUUGAAGGAGGGGAAACGGUCUAUUACUCUGAUGUGUGAUCUACUGACGGAGGUAUUUUGGACGAAGCCUUAGGGAGAAGCAACAGGGGUACACUGGAAUAGAACCAAUUAGUAUGCUCAUAUGCUAUGACUGUGCCC